AGGAUAAACGCAGACAAAACAACAGACGAGAAACGUUAUGGAUGUGGAAGUAAGAGGUGGAUAUACACCUUAGUUUGACAUUUUAUGAACUCACAAUGUCUAAGCUGCAGAUUUUAAGUGUUUUUCUGACAGAGAGAUUAACUCUGGCUGCGCAGGAGAUAUUUAAGGGUGUGGAAGACAUAUUUUCAGAGUAUAAUGAGGAGAUUUGUCGCUCCAGACAGGAGAUUGAGCUGCUCAAGAGGAGACUGCAGCAGGCAGGAGUUCAGAUGGACUCUGAAACGCAGCCCUGCUCCUCUGAGACUCAAGGAAAGAAAUACACCCAGACAUUUUCAGAGGAAUGGAGAUCUGAACACGAUUUUAAGGACACUGAGAUGCAUAUGAAACUAGAAGUUUAUACACAGCAGGAGGAGAAAGAAGAGCAAAUGCCUGUGUGCAGUGAAUCAGCAUCUUUAUCACUGUGUCUGGACAAUCAUCAUGAUCAGACGCCCAGCAAAGACACUGAAACCCAAAUGAUGGACAGUAGUGAGAAUAAUUGUCCUUUUAUUAACAAAGCACCUCAAAUAAAGACUGAACUUGAGAGUAAUUCUGAAACGAUUACCACCUGUCAAGUACAGCAGCACAUCACAAAACACGGCUCGAGUGAUUCAGGGGCCAGUGAUGCCAACAAAAUCACAUUCAGCCACAUUGGAUCCCCCAGACAAGAGACACAAACAUUUCAUCCGCCCUUCAGAAAUCAAGAGAUGUUGACGCAUCACAGAAUGGAGUUGGCCCAGAUAAGAGAGAGAUUGGCAGAUGAAGAGCGAAAGAAGACUGCAGCUCAAGCUAGAUCCCUUAAGCACAAGCAGAAAGUGUACGGGAGUCCUGAGCUUCGUGAGGCGUACAGGAAAAAGGAGAGAGAGAGAAAACUGCAAUCAAAGCAGGAAAGAAAAAGGAGGAAUAAGAGUGAAAAAGAGGAAAUUCAAAGAGUUAAGAAGGUCAGACAAAUUGAAGAAGUCGCACAUGAUAAAGAACAACUACAAACACAAUCCCAGGAGAAUAAAAAGUGUAAUUUUACCUCUUCAGUAGAGUCAAAGACAAACUUGGCUGACAUUUGUUUGGAGGACGUACAGCCUGAAGAGGAGCUAUCUGAAAGCUACCCGACACAUCGUGAUAUUCACGGAGAUCCACGCGGUACAGGAGAGUAUUUGUGUGUCAUGUGCAACAGGAGAUUCGGCUCGCACGGACGGCUGAAAAUUCAUCUGCGAGUUCAUUCUGGAGAGAAACCCUACCACUGCAACUUUUGUGGGAAAAACUUUAGACAAUCAAGUCACCUGAACACACACGUGAGGAUCCACACGGGAGAGAAACCUCACAUCUGUCAGACCUGUGGGAAGACGUUUAUUGACUCGAGUGCAAGAAACAGACACUUCAAAAAAUGUGUUCUUAUCUCUCUGCAAGCAAAAUGAAAUCAUAUGGAGCACCUGUUGAUGUCUGUAGUUCACUGAAUUGGAAUGGCACAGUAAAGGCUGAAAUAAUGGCA